AGGAGAUGGUGGUGGGCGUGGUGGAGAGGUGGGGCGGAGCGGGCCGGCCCAGCUGCAUCUAAAAUUUCCUGAACACAAGCACACAUCCAGCUGUCGGCGAGAUGUGAGAGCUGCAGUCGGCGAAGGUCUGAAGGUGUGUCUGUCACUGCUGUCCCUCCUGUCGCCUUGCCCCUCAGCGCGCGAGCGGCUGUGAGAAAAAGAAAGAGAGCACGAGUGAAACAGAGAGAGAGAGAAGUUUCCGCUGUCUUUAGGCGCACGGUCGCCGAUCGUUCACGUAACACGAUGGCACGGCUGUGUCAGUGUGUAUCGCUGUCGCUGUUGGAAGCUUGGCUGCUUUCAUGAAAGCUAGGAAAACGGAAAAAACCCCGAAAGUGACACCAUGGCAGAAUUUGGAGAAAACAUGAGCGCCGUCGGUCCACCGGUUGCUGGCUGUAAAGCUGCGUCAGGGGGAACCGGAACGAGCCUGGAGACGCACCGAGGAGAGCCUGUGUCGAACGGCAGCUGCAGCGUGCCAAACGCCGGCAAGAAGGUCCAGAACGAUUCCAGCUGCGAGUCUCCGAAGUGGGAGAGCACGGGUCCAGACUCAGCUGCUAAACCAAUCCCUCGACGCAGCAGUCUGAUCAAGGAUGGAUCACGUGCUGGUCGGGAGAAGAAGAAGACGGUGUCCUUCAGCAGCAGUCUGUCAGAGAAAAAGAUCAGCAGUGCUUCUGAUUGCAUCCACUCGAUGGUUGAGGGGAGCGAGCUGAAGAAAAUCCGACCCAACUCCCGUGUUUAUCAGCGGUACUAUCUCCUUGAUGCCGGCCUCCAGGCUCUAUGCUGGGAGCCAUCCAAGAAGGAGUCAGACAAAGCUCGGAUCUCUCUCUCCUCUAUACGUGAGGUACGGACAGGUCGUAACACGGAGACCUUCCGCACCAGUGGAGUUUAUGACCAGAUUUCAGAGGACUGUGCAUUCUCCAUCAUCUAUGGAGACAUUUAUGAAAGCUUGGACCUGGUUGCCAACUCUGCAGAGGUGGCUAACAUUUGGGUUAUUGGCCUGAGGUAUCUGAUGCAGUAUGGGAAACAUACCCUCGACAUGCUUGCUAGCAGUCAGAACAGUCUUCGUCUUGGCUGGCUGGAGCAGUUGUUCUCCUCUGCUGCUAACCAGGACACACGGGGAGACGCGACAGAAGGGAUUCAUUUGGAAUUGGCUAUAAAGCUAAUACAAGGCGUGAACCCCGGGGUGAACAGUGGCAAAGUGGAGCACAGGUUUAAGGAGCUUCAAAGACUCAGAGAGAGGAUGUGCGAGCUUACGAUAGAUAACGGAUCUGGACUUGAAGACUACAGCGAAAACAAAAAGCUAACGGCAAGAAAUGAGCGGGUCACCAAGCAGGAGUUCGUUGAGGUCUUCCACGACUUUUGCACACGUCCUGAGAUCUAUUUUCUCCUGGUGCAGUUCUCCAGUAACAAAGAGUUCCUGGACACCAAAGACCUGAUGAGGUUCAUUGAGGCUGAGCAGGGCAUGGCUCAAGUGAGUGAGGAAACCAGCCUGAAACUCAUCCAGGCUCAUGAGCCAUCGGAGAAGGGGCGGGAGCAGGGAUACCUGUCAUUGGACGGCUUCACCAGCUACCUCACUUCGGCGGAGUGCCACCUCUUUGACCAAGAGCAUAGCAUCAUAUGCCAGGACAUGACUCAGCCUUUGUCUCACUAUUAUAUCAACUCGUCCCACAACACCUACCUCAUCGAAGACCAGUUUCGAGGCCCCUCGGAUAUCUCCGGCUACAUUCGUGCCCUCAAAAUGGGCUGCCGGUGCGUGGAGUUAGAUGUUUGGGAUGGUGCAGAUGAGGAGCCGCUAGUGUGUACUGGCCACAGCCUCUCCCCGCCGCUGUUGCUGCACUGUGUGUUAGAAGCAAUCAGAAGGUUUGCCUUCGCAGCAUCGGAGUACCCGUUAAUUCUGUGUGUUGAAAACCACUGUUCGCUUCGACAGCAGAAAGUGAUGUGGCAGCAUCUCAUGAGGAUUUUAGGGGAGAAGCUGUACACAGAUCCUCCAGAUGAAGAGGCUUCAUACCUUCCAUCCCCACAUGCCCUAAGACAUCGAAUACUAUUAAAGGGUAAAAAGCUAGUGCCGAGUUCUGAUGGGGAAGAUGGCGAGGUAAGUGAGGAGGAUGAAGGAGCAGAGAUGUGCCAGAAGAUAAAGGCAGUUAAUAGUGGAGGGGCAGCGCCUGGAGGAAGUGAGAAGGACACUGUGCAGAAAAUCGUUGUCACGUCUAGUCCUUCGAGCGUUCCCCCCAAACGUUUCCAACUGUUGAAGGAGCUCUCGGACUUAGUAAAUCUUUGCCAGUCUGUCACCUUUAUUGACUUUCCAACCUCGUCCAAAAGCCAAAAACCUUGGGAGGUGUGCUCUUUUCACGAGUCUUUAGCAGUGCGUCUUGCUAGCGAGAACCCCAGGGACUUUGUCAACCACAACAAGCACUUCUUGUCACGGGUGUACCCCAACCCUAUGCGUAUUGACUCGAGCAACAUGAACCCCCAGGACCUGUGGAAGUGCGGUUGCCAGAUGGUGUCAAUGAAUUUUCAGACAGCAGGACUGAUGAUGGACCUAAACACAGCCUGGUUCCGGCAGAAUGGGAACUGCGGUUACGUUCUGCGUCCGGCCAUCAUGCGGCAGGAGGUGUCUUACUUCAGCGCUGACACCAGAGACACGGUGCCUGGUGUGUCUCCGCAGCUGCUCCACGUGAAGGUCAUUAGCGGCCAGAAUCUGCCAAAGCCCAAAGGUUCUGGGGCUAAAGGGGACGUGGUGGACCCAUAUGUAUAUGUGGAGAUCCAUGGCAUCCCAGCCGACUGCACAGAGCGCCGCACUAGGACUGUGAGCCAGAAUGGAGACAACCCAAUCUUCGAUGAGAGCUUUGAGUUCCAGAUCAACCUGCCUGAGCUUGCUAUGGUUCGCUUUGUGGUGCUGGAUGAUGACUUUAUUGGGGAUGAAUUCAUAGGUCAGUAUACCAUACCUCUGGAGUGCCUCCAGCCUGGUUACCGACAUGUACCCCUGCAGUCUCUGACAGGAGAGGAACUCCCACACGCCAAGCUGUUCGUGCACGUGGCCCUUACCAAUCGCAGAGGUGGAGGAAAACCUCACAAAAGGGGUCUGUCAGUACGCAAGGCCCGAAAGGGGAGGGACUAUACAGCUCUGAGGGACUUGGGAAUUCGAGCAGUGGAUGAAGUUUUCAAAAUGGCUGCUCCUCUGCUGAGAGAAGCCACCGAUCUGAGGGGAAACAUGCAGAACUCAGUAGCAGUGUUCAGGGAGCUGUGUGGGGUGUCGGCUGUGGCUAACCUCAUGCAGUGCAUACUGGCUCUGAGCUCUAGAGUUUCAGAACCAGAGGGGAUGCCUUUACUACUGUUUGACCUGCGGGACCAGUACCCCACCCUGGAGCCCCAGGGGUCUUUGCCUGAUGUCCUCCGCCGGGUUGUCUCUACUUAUGAGAUGAUGGUCCAGGCGAGCAGAGCAGUGAUGGAGCUCUCAGAUGGAAUCCACGACAAGAUCCUGCAUAUACAGACAACAGCCAUGGAGUUUCACGAAAAACUGCAAAGCCUGGGUACGAAAGAGGGGCUGAAAGGUUCCAAGGUCAGCAGAGCAGUUGAGCGUUUCAGCUGGAACAUCACCAUCCUUAAGGGCCAGGCUGACCUGCUGAAACACGCCAAGGCUGAAGUCCUGGAGAACAUGAAGCAGGUCCGUGAUGCUGCUCUGGCUGGAAACCUCACCAAGGAGAGAGCCGGAUUAAGACGGGCAAGCUCCCAAACACGCAGAGGCCACAAUGAAAAACUUGCAAUGAGUACUAGAGGACAGUCGGCAUAGCAAGUAGAAAAAAAAAAAAGAGGGCACCUAGCUGCUGUGAAAAACUCUUUUCACUUCUGUGUGUGUCUGUG